AUGAGAUACUCAGCUCUUGCGUUCGCUCUUCCGAUCAUGGCAGCAUCUGCCGACGUGUCGCCCAAGGCCCAAUUUUUUCCACUCACUCGAAAAGGUGACAUUCCAACAUUUGUGCCUUAUAAACAGGGACAGGAUGUAUUCAUCGACUGCAUUUCAAGAAACAUCGACAACGGUGAACAUAACUUCGAUUCGAACGAUAGAAUCAUCUAUAAGGCUUUCCCGACGUGUAAAGAGACUGGCAAGCCUCUUAGCUUCCAUUAUGGAGUGUCCGAAGACAUCCAAUGCUCAAUCACUUUUACAGACGAAAUGUACCACAUGUUCCAACUCUAUGUACAUGAGGAUGUCCCAUUUAGUUGCAGAAUUCCACUUAGUACCGAGGCCAACUAUUUGGAGCUGGGUGGUGCUUACAUCCCAUUAACGUUCAAUUUCAGAGGAGAGGUACACAACUCGCACUUGGACUUGGACCCUAACUUGAACCUAGUUAUCACGAAGCCAUCGAACAAAAUUCCAGAGCAACAGACCGUGGUCAGUGCAGUUGCCUGGUCAUCAGGAACAAAUGCUACGAGAGUUACGAUUGGAGAGACAGUGACUAUGCAGCUUGCUGUUCGCUGGUUUGAUCACCUAAAAAAUGUGGGCUCCCUAGCAGGCGCAGGCGCUUCGGAAUUGCCUUAUCCAGAUGGAUUUUACAAGCUUCCGCUUAAUGCGAUGUUCGUGACAUACAACAAUUACUUCCUUACCAUGGCAUUCGUUUCUGCUGUUUCAGUUUUCUUGACAGGGAUCAUUUUCUCUAGAUUCAAGAAAGGUUCCAUUCGUCACUCCUCGGAUCCAGAGUCCGCCUAUGGUAAAUUGGACUAA